GGCAUGCAACGAGCCCCCUCUGCCCUUCCUUUCUCCGGCGGCGAUCGUCAUUUCCGGUGUUCGUUGAAUCCGCUCGAACGCGCAGCUGCGGCUCCGGGCACGAGGCGGCUGGGAAGAUUCGAGUAGCGGCCUGGAAGCCCCACCGCGCCGUCCACAUGGUGAGCCUCGAGUCUGAUAAUCCCAUCCCCUCCGUCCCUCUUCGCUGAGGGGGAGCCGGAGCCCGGCGUGGCUGAGGGGGGGGGGAAGGGAACCGAAGGUUCCAGAAUUACCGGAAAGGGGGAGGGGAGCCGGUGACGCCCUGGUGGCAACGGCCGGGGAUGGAGAGGCCCCUGGGCCCCGCUCUCUCCUUGGGCGGCGCCGUUCACGGUGGAUAGGAUGCUGGGGCCUUCAUCCCUUCAGGCCGCCCCCGUCGCCUUUCCUCGGCCCGAGGAGGAAGGGUCGCCUCCCUCUCCCUUCGGUGCGCAGGCAGCCAGCGCCAGAGACAAAGGAAGCCGCAGCUGGGGGGGGGGGGGACGGGACUCCGGAGCGGCCUCUUGGUUGUAGUUCCAUGCAGUCACUUCAUAGGGUUGGAAGGGACCCCGGGGUCAUCUAGCCCAACCCCCUGCAAGGCAGGAAUCUCACGUAGAGCUUCCUUUUAUGAUUCAAAAUCUCCCAAGGAAAGAGUCCCGUCGCCUCCCGAGUUCAUUGGGGAUCUGUGUGAAGACUCCUUUCACUGGAGCCUGGCUGCUGCCAUGCCUGUGGCGUCACACACACCACCCUUUUUCUUAAAUUACGAUGUACAGUGGUAUCCUGGGUUACAUACACUUCAGGUUACAAACUCCACUAACCCAGAAAUAAUACCUCGGGUUAAGAACUUUGCUUUAGGAUGAGAACAGAAAUCGUGCUCCGACAGCACGUCAGCAGCGGGAGGCCCCAUUAGCUAAAGUGGAACCUCAGGUUAAGAACAGUUUGAGGUUAAGUACGGACCUCCGGAACGAAUUAAUUACUUAACCCAAGGUACCACUGUAGUGAUUUGCACUGCAGUUCACGUUGCAUUCUGCAGCAGGGGUGGGGGGCCUGGAUCUGGUGGGUGGACCACAUCCUUGUUCCCCCCCCCCCAAGUUUGACAGGUGGGCGAGGCUACCUGUAUUAGCCCUUGUUGUUUGAAACCAAGCAGAGAGGCACGUAAAGUGCUGAACAUCGUCUGAUCAUGGAGCCUGUCGACGCCAUGUGUGUGGCGUUCUGCAAGAACUAGCAUCCGUCUGAUCAGCGGGUCUUUCAAAGUCCCAUGCACAAGACUUUGCAAAACCUGAUGAUCAGAGCUUGGGAAGCUUUGCGGACAGUGUGUCUUUAGCUGCCCCACACUUGACAAUAGCAGGUACGAGACAGGCUCGUGCGGCUUGACCAAAAUGGCCUGGUGGGCUUUGUGGGCUUUAUUUGGCCUGUGGUCCAGAUAUUCCUCAUUGCUGUUCUGCAGCUGUAAGCUCUUGUUUGGUUGUUCGAUUUGUGUGUACAUUUUACACCUGAGGAGGGACAAGCAUGCUCAGCUCAUUCCCCAAACAUCACCAUACUGUUGCCCUCCACAAAUUGGAGGAUGAAGUGCUCCUACUGUGAUCUAGAACCCUGCUUUUGUAAGAUUUUUUAUUAUUACUUUUAUUAUUUAUUAAAUUUGUUUGUCGCCCUUCACCUGACGACCACAGGGCAGUUGACCACAUUAAAAAAACAAAACAGAAUGAAAACACAAAAUGCAUAAUAAAACGAAAACAAACCAAUCGUUUCUCUCCCGCAAACACAUUUAAAAAGCCAUAGAAUGUUAAAUCAGCCCAAGACCAGGUUACAGAGUAACAUUUUUGCUGGGCACCUAAAGAUGUGUGAUGAAAGCGCCAGGUGGACUCCUUGUGAAGAGCAUUCCACAAAUGGGAAGCCACUGCAGAAAAGACCUGAUCUUGUGCUGCCACCCUCCAGACCUCUUGCGGAGGCGCUCAAAGAAGCACCUCAGGUGAUGAUUGCAGGGUCUGGGUUGAUUCAUACUUUAAAUCACACUGUUAGCCUCCACCCUAACCCCCAAAUAGAAAAUGCUGUCCACUUCAGACUCAUGAAGGGCGAUGGCAGUGGUGAUCUGGGAGGCAGAACUUGUACCUGUUAGUAUGUAGGAUUUAUAAGUGAACAUCAUGCCUGAAAGGAGCAAUAGUCACAAUGUGAGCAAUUCAGAAAUUGCAUAACACUCAUAGUAAGUGGAUGGCAAGGUGUAAAAUUGUUAUUUGAAAAUUAAGUCUUUCCUAUAUGCUAAUUGGCAUUUUGUUUCCUAUUAUUUCAGGCAUCCUUAUCCCUAGCACCUGUGAAUAUCUUCAAGGCUGGUGCUGAUGAAGAGAGAGCAGAGACAGCCCGUUUGGCAAGUCUAAUAUUCAUUGAUACUUGAUAUCUAGAACUGUAGUUGCACCUGUAUAUGUUUGCUAUAAAAGAAAGCUUGAGCUUAUUCUGCUUGGGGUCAUAUUUAUAAUUUCCCCUUUUUUAUUCCAGUCAUCUUUUGUUGGGGCUAUUGCCAUUGGAGAUCUAGUUAAAAGCACUUUGGGACCUAAGGGCAUGGUAAGUUAUUUGUAAUUUCUGAAAUACAUUGUUUUUGUCACUGUUACCACUUUUGAGUAAAAUAUUUAAUAUCUUCAAAUAUGGACCUUCAGGACAAGAUUCUCCUUAGUACUGGAAGAGAAGGCACAGUGACAGUAACCAAUGAUGGGGCAACUAUCUUAAAAGCUAUUGGAGUGGACAACCCUGCAGCCAAGGUUUUGGUUGGUAUGUUUGACUAAAUACAUUACGGGGAUAUUUUAUUUUGCUAAAUUAAAAGAUUGUAGAUUGUCUGCUUCCUGUGAAAACUACGCUGUGUUCCCAGUCUGACAUUAUUCACCACAUCAUGCUGGUUCUUGAACCAAAGCAGUCAAACUUAGACGUAAAGAAAAAGCUGGAUGGCGCUGCUUAAGCAUUGCAUAAUGCUGUAUUUGCUUCUCAUGACAUAGUGCCCUAUCCUGCGCACAUACAGCCUUGCCUAUAGUAUGACAGUGCAGUUAGAGAGAUCCUGUUUUUAUUUCUGAUUUCUGUAUAGCCGUAUAGAAUGCUAACAUGAUACUUCAAAAUUAGAGCUUAUGUGGUAACGUUUUCCUCACAGAUAUGUCCAAGGUUCAAGAUGACGAAGUUGGAGAUGGAACUACUUCAGUAACUGUUCUGGCAGCUGAAUUGCUAAGGGUAAUAAAUAGUUCCGUUUUUUAAAACACUGAAAAGGUAUGCUGAAAUGCUAAGUUGAAGUUUUUUUGCUGCAACAAACUAAUAUAGCUAACUUUAUAGAAUAUGUAUAAGGUAUACUGAUAAAAAAUUAGGGAGCUUUUAUUUGUUGAAGAUUCCAGGUAAUCUUAUUUAAGCCGUUACAUCAUUGAGACAACUGAAAAAAGGAACAAGAAAGUGGCAUGUGUUUGUCGGAAAGCACACUUGAAGUUACUGUUUUACUUGCAACUGCAUUAAGAUAAACUAAAUGCUUUUAUUUUUCUAGGAGGCAGAAUUAUUGAUUGCCAGAAAAAUCCACCCUCAGACCAUUAUUGCAGGUUGGAGAGAAGCCACAAAAGCAGCAAGAGAAGCCUUGGUGAAAUCUGCUGUGGAUCAUGGGUUAGUUCUAGUCACAGACAACAGGCAUUUGUCUCUCAGAUUGUUAUGGUCCAAUAUCAUGUAACUAAUGACAGGUGUGUGCAGCCAAACAAAAAAAGGAAAGUAGCAUUAAGAGCUGAAUGGUGCUUACACUUAAAGAAGUGUUUCCUGCUAUUUGAAACACACAACUUCGUUGUAAUAUUCUACCGAUAAGCAAAAUAGUAUUGAAAUGUAUCCUGAACAUACUACUACUACUAAUUUAUUUAUACCCUGCCCACCCGGCUGGGUUUCCCCAGCCACUCUGGGCGGCUCACAACAGAUUAAAAACAUUCUGAAUUCUGCAGCAUAUUAUUUUAGAUUUUGCUGUAUUUAUUUGUGAAAAACAUGUUUUAAAGACAAUGGUGUCUGAUGCAAAUGGCUUGUUCCCUCUUUAGUUUUUUAUUUUUCCAACUACUUUAAAUAUUUUACAGUGGCUAUUGUGGAAAGAAUAGCCUCCCUAUUUCAGAUGCUUUUGUCCUAGUGAACAAGACUUCUUCCCACCUGGAUAGGACAGUGUUCUAGGACAUUAUUCUAUAUUUUGAAUAAAAUUGUCUUGUAUUAGAAAAAAUUGACCUGUGUUACAAAACUUUGAUUUAUACCAGAGUUCAAAAAUGUGUUAGAUACAGAGGGAAGGACUGGGUCUAUGGCACAUUAAUGAGGCAAAACCCUAUUGUACUGCUGUUUAUUCAUGGAUUUUAAAUGCUGAGGAGGUUCUGCAUUUGAAAAAAUAAAACCCAUGAUUCAUGGAUUAAUUUAGUCUCUUCAAUAUGCAGAUGAAACAUUGGACAUCUUUAUGUGAAAAUACAGUUUUACAUUCUUCUAAGAUACAAAUAGUGCAGGACAUGCUAUUAGGCAUUUGCCAGGGCUUACAGUAUUUUUGUUCUUAACACUUGAAGAUAAUGUCUUCCAAGUUUGGGUAGCGGCUUGUUAGGUUGGUGUAGGUGGGUGGUUGUUGUUCGAAAGUGGAGUGUCAGAAGCCUUGCAAUUAUAUGCAGAACUUUGCUGUAUGGUUCUCUGGAUCAAGGCCAUAUAUUUUAGUGAUCCAAGAUGUGCUUUUAAGUUUACUUUUUCUGCUUUUCAGGGGAAAUGAAGCUUCAUUUCACAAAGACUUAAUGAAUAUUGCAGAAACCACACUCUCUUCAAAAUUGCUUACUCAUCAUAAAGAUCACUUUGCAAAACUUGCAGUAGAUGCUGUCCUUAGGCUGAAGGGAUCUGGUAAUCUGGAAGCUAUUCAUAUCAUCAAGAAACUAGGAGGAAGUCUAAUAGACUCCUACUUGGAUGAAGGUAUAAUUUUGCUUACUGGUAACAAUUCAGUAAAUUAUGUCAUAGCAAGGAACCUUGUCAUUGCUUACUAUGAAGAUAAAAUAGCAGGCUUUCCACUAAGCCAUUUAAGAAAACAUUGUUUGCUGUUAUGUAAGCAUAACACAGUGUUCACAAACAAAAUAGUGCCUACUUUAUUCCUACAGGCUUGCACUGGGAGAAAAAUCGCUCACAAUUCCUGUCUCAGUGUUAUGCCCAAACCAGGGAUCAUAGUUUGUUUCACUCUAAAUAAACUGAUCUGUAACCAAAUUUUCUUCUUUGCUUACGGCUCAUGGUUUGUAGGAGCGAAACAAACACAAUCACUGGUUCAGAUAUAGUGCUGAAAAUGGAAGGAACAAGAUGGGUUAUGGCUUACUGUGAUAUAUUAGUUCAGCCAGUAUUUGUAUGUUUCUAUUAGCCGUGGUAAAAUUUUGAAGGCAAGUUCCGAUGUAAUAUUUUGCAUGCAGAGAUGGGCCUCUGAAAGCUAUUUCCAUAGAUGUGAAACGUAAGUGGAUCAUGUUUGCAUUGCUUCCUGAAUGGUUUUUAAUCACAGGAUUACCUAUGUAAACUGAAUGUUUGCCCAUUCUGAGAGAAACCUUUUCAUAUUUAUGCACUUGGGUCACUUCAUAAAGUAUUGUACGAAUUAAGCAUCUGAAGUAGCCUCAAAUUAUCUACAUUUAAGAAGCUAAGUAUCUUCGGAUUCUAUUGCUGUUUCAUUUUGGUCUGCCUUGUGUGUUCCUUGAUGCUUCAUAUGAUUUGGGGGGAAUACCGCUUUGUUUUAUUCAACUAAGUGUUGAAUCUAUUCCUGUGACUAUUUGAGUGAAAAGAGACUCAGGCAACCUGUUCAGUUUCAUAAAAUAUGCCCGAUAAUCCUGUCUGAUUUGUCUUCAUUUUAGGUUUUCUGUUGGAUAAAAAAAUUGGAGUCAACCAGCCAAAAAGGAUUGAAAAUGCAAAAAUCCUUAUUGCAAAUACUGGCAUGGAUACUGAUAAAAUUAAGGUACGUAAUUUUUGUGGUGCAAAUCGUAGUGUAGUCAAAGCAGUUGAGCUAUUGCUUAAUAUUGCCAUAUUUAUUUCUUAGAUAUUUGGCUCCCGUGUAAGAGUGGAUUCCACAGCAAAGGUGGCAGAAAUUGAACAAGCAGAAAAAGAGAAAAUGAAGGAGAAGGUUGAACGUAUUCUGAAGCAUGGAAUAAACUGCUUUAUCAACAGGUAUGCAUUAUGCUGAGGGAUGUUUGGAACAUGCUGAUUGACUCUUCAGAGCCUCUGCUGACAAGCCUGUAACUACAUACUGGCACAGUUCACACAUCACCUUAAACCACUGCUUAAAACAAACUGUAGUUUAGUGUGAGCAAACAGCAUGUUGGUGCAAGGUGCUCAGAAAUUCCCACAUCACUCCUUCCUCAUACCUGCUGCUGCUGCCAUGCCAUACCAUGGGUGAAAGCUUGUUGAACCCAAGAACAAAACCUUGGUUACUAGUCGUUAACAGUUAAAGUCAUACGCAAUGUUUAAAAAUCAUUGUACUGUUAAGCACUAUGGAAGUUUUUGCUGGGAUAAAUUAAGUUAUGUUUCCUGCCACAUUGUUAUGAGCACCUUUUCUUAUUACAGGCAAUUGAUCUAUAACUACCCAGAACAGAUGUUUGCUGCUGCUGGUGUUAUGGCUAUUGAACAUGCAGAUUUUGCUGGAGUUGAACGUCUAGCUCUUGUUACAGGUACAGAAUUAUUUUUAACCUGCCUUUUGUUGCACAAGGGAUCCCAGAAUGUGGUACAGUAAAAAAAAAAAAAACACAACUGCAUAAUAAAAGUAAAUCAGCAGCACCAGAAAAAACAUGCCACUAAUAACCAGGAAUCACAUAGUAAAUACCUUACCUUGAUGGCAAAGUACCAUCCAUUGAACAAAGGAUCUGAACUCGUACUUCAUUUUUUUUAUUUUUAUUUUUUGUAACAUACUGUAAAUCUGAUUUCUUUCUUAGCUAAUCAGGAAAGUUACACAGAACCCAGCUUCUUUGCUGUUUGCGGGCCAACUAUGAGAGCUGAAAGUGGCUACCAAUACAUUUUUUUUAAAAAAUUGCACAAUGAUAGUGAGGAUGUCUCCAUAAUUUAAGGUGAAAAGUGGCAUAUCAGCAUAGUAGUUUCUUUAAAACAAAACACACACACACAGAGAGAGAGAGAGAGAGAGAGACUGAUGAACAUCUGCUCAUACUUCUUUUCAUAAAAGCUUCUUUUCAAAGUUCAGGUUCGUAUGUCUACUAAGUAAACAGUUACUAAAACUAUUUUACACUUGUGGGAGGAAAAGGCUAACACAAAGUUGCAUUCAUUCUCAGGUGGUGAAAUUGCUUCAACUUUUGACCAUCCAGAAUUGGUGAAGCUAGGAAGCUGCAAGCUGAUUGAAGAAGUCAUGAUUGGUGAAGAUAAACUUCUUCAUUUCUCUGGAGUUGCCAUGGGUAGGUUUUGCUGCUCAGUGUUGGACAGAACAAUCGUAUGCGCCAGCCACCACUGCUGUGUCUGUGGAGCAGCUGCCACCUUGCACUCAUGCUUUACCCAAGGAAGGGAGGAGAUGAUACCCACAGUCUGAAAAUUUUUAAAACAACAGGCACGUCCCUGGAAACUGUCAGGGAUGGUGGUUAGCAGCAAUGCUCAUAUGUUACUCACACAUGGAAAGAGCAAUGACCCCAGCACCUCUAUCGCCUCGAGGCAGAAUAACACCUUUUGCAAGUAUGCAAAGGAAAAUGCCUGAAUAUGCAACAAGAGCAGCUACAGAGCAGCCAUUUCUAGUAGCUCAGUUCAUCUAAUGGUGGGAGAGGGGUUAUUGGUUUGUUGUUGUUUCUUGUUUUUAUGCUUUUAUAUUGUGUUUUUAUGUUGUGAACUGCCCUGGGAUCUGCAGAUGAAGGGUGGUACACAUAUUAACAAUAAUUAAUAAUAAUGAUAACAACAACAACUAGUCACCACUAUGCGGCUUUAGGAUUUGGCUUGAUAGACAGCAGGGCAGCAGGUUCAAUGUCCUUUUAUAUAUUGCUAUGUAGGAGACAGGAUUUUGUUGGAAAUAUUUUUUUGCUUUUCCUAACCUUUUUAUACCUUUUAGGUGAAGCAUGCACUGUAGUUCUGCGUGGUGCAACACAACAGAUCAUAGAUGAAGCAGAAAGAUCUCUGCAUGAUGCACUGUGUGUUCUUGCCCAGACUGUAAAAGAUACUAGAACGGUGUAUGGUGGAGGUAAAUAUACAGUGUUCUUAUUUUAGCUCCAGCAAUUGAAAGAUUAACUUUAAUACUUGCUCAGGUUGGUUACAAGGUGUCUGUUUCCUAACACAUAGGCUGCUCAGAGAUGUUAAUGGCUAAUGCUGUCUGGGAGCUUGCAAAGAGAACACCAGGCAAAGAAUCCGUAGCAAUGGAGUCUUUCGCUAAGGCCUUGAGCACGGUAAGCUAGUGUUUGGUUCUCUUUACUACCAGUAUAACGAAGCACAGUGCUCUGAAAGCUAAUAAUUAUGAGGAGGAGGCUGAGCACCCACACAACAUUUACUGGUUGUUGGUCAUUGCAAAGUCUUUUGAGAUGGUAGUUUUCAGGUUUGUGGCUCAUGCAACCAAACUGUGCCCUUGUUAACCAAGGAACAGUAACAUUACCUAUCUUCCUCUAGCCCCUUUCCCAUGUUUCUUUUGGCUUGGCUGACUUUAUAUAGUGUUAUUUCUAAGCGCUUUUAAAACAUGGGUUGGCUUUCUCUCUCUCCAAACCAAUUGUAGCAGGAUUCCCUUGAACCAGGAAUGAAGGACUGUGGCCCUCCAGAUGUUGUUGGACUCCACCUUCCAUCAGCCCUGGCCAGUGAUCAGGGAUAAUGGUUCUCUAGCCCUGACCUAAGCAGAGAUCUGGGAUUCUCUUGUAAACUUGUUUCUAUUCAAUGAAUGGGAGGGAUUGCCAAAGAUUGUCGUAUUGACAAAUUCAGAUUCUGCAUCAAGGAUACACAUAUUUUGAGUAAGGAUAGUGCAAUAGUACAAUAGUAACUCAUAGCGCUUACAUGUGUGCUGUGCAUUAUUGUUAUUUAUUUUUGCAACUGGCAUGUAGUUUGCAGGUUUGCUCUUUGCCAAAUGGUCUAACAAGCCUGCUUUAUUUUGUUAGCUCCCAACUAUCAUCGCUGAUAACGCUGGCUAUGACAGUGCAGAUUUGGUUUCCCAGCUUCGAGCUGCUCAUAUUGAAGGGAAAACCACGUAUGGACUUGGUAAGGAUUUUUAUAUAUAGUUUGUAUGUUUUAUUUUUAAAAAAUACACCUUUGUGUAUAAACACUUGCAGUGGGAAUAGAAGCUGCUUUGGGGUGCUUUACAUUCAACAACAGCAGUGAAAAUUAAAAUCAAGCGUAAGACUGAAUUUCACUAAAUGCAAAUUCCACUUGAAAAUGUGUAGACCUUUAAUUAAAAUCAGUAUCAUUUUAAUAGUGCCAAGAUAGAAAAUGCAAAAAAAUUAUGGAAAUGGGAUGCUUGCCUUGUUAACACUGAGAAUUUUUUUUUUUUAAUCUCUUGAAGACAUGAAGGAGGCUACCAUUGCAGACAUGGCAACUCUGGGAGUGGUGGAAAGCUUUCAAGUGAAACGGCAAGUUUUGCUGAGUGCUGCUGAAGCUGCAGAGGUGAUUCUCCGUGUCGAUGAUAUUAUUAAAGCAGCUCCAAGGUAAAACCCAAAGCUUUCCUAGUUCUUGCGAGACAAUGCCGUAAUCAAUCUUUAUCAGAAAAACAAUUGAUUUGAACUAUAAUUUCCUUAUAAUAGGUAUGCUUCUAUGUUUAUGAAAUUUUGUUACGGUUGCACAUUUGAUGCUACCUGCUAAGAUAGGAUAUACUCCCAUCAAGGUACCAUCAGUGUUUGUCCUAUUUGGUCUAGUAGGAUCUGUUUCAGGUUUUGAGGCCUGAGGAUGUGGCCAAGGAGUUGAAGCAGCGGGACUGAAAACAUACCCUCUCGGCACUUGCCUUUUUGGCUGAUUGAAAAUAAUCAGAAGGGCUUGGCCAAAGGGAUCCAACCUGUGGGGAGCUCGUACAUGAAGAUCUGUGGGGAGAUCCUCUUGAUGGAGCUGCAAUUAAUUGACUAAUAAACAAUGCAGGAGGGAGGACUUUCUUGGUGCUGGUUGCCUGACUGCCAAAUUCCCCCCUCCUCAGAUAUAGCUGGUGCCAACUCUCUUGUAGGCAUCUGUGGCAGUGGUCUUACCCUCUUGACUUGCAGUUAUCUCUGCCUGCUACUGUUACGAAUUGAAAUAUCAUUGUAACCUACUCUGGGAUUACCUGGGCAAUUAAGAGUGGACUGAGAAGGCUAUUGCUGAUGAACUAAAUAACAAACAUGUACAAACACUUUUAGGUUCUUAUCAUUCUAGGCUUGCAAUGAACUUGGAGACUCUUCUUUCCUCCCAACAUUUGUGCGUACUGAAUUCUGAUUCUUCUUUCAGGAAAAGAGUACCAGAUCGUUAUCCGUGUUGAGUAUUCCGUGGUCAGUAAAAACACGUGGACCAGAAGUUUGCAAAAUACGUUGUGCGCUUCAGACCGAUUUGAAGAAUAAAGGGAUGGAAUAUUGAGCUUUGGCAAUGUGAUCAUUCUUUUGUUGGUUUAACUUAUAUUGUUUCAAAAAGACCAAUUCAUUCUUAUUGUAUAACAUCUAUACUUCCCCACCAUCCUCUUUGUAGUACCCCAUAAUAAAAGUUUCAAAUCUGUUUUGACUUUCCAUUUACUUUGGUAUAGUACCGGAGUUUGCGCUUUUUAUUGGAAAGACCUUCCAAUGCAUACGUGUGAAACAAUGAGAGCACAAUUCAGAGAAUAGGCAGGUGGCUGAUCAUGAAAGCAAAGUUUACUGCUAGUAUUUAAAAAUGUCAUCGUGUGUGAUCCUUUUAUUAAACAUUGCAUGAAGAUAAUACAGGCCACUAAACCUUAGCUAGUUGUGUGUUUAUCACAUCUCGGCAAGGAGGAAGUAAUCUGAACCCUCACUGUUUUUGCUGGAAUUGGAGGUUCAACUACAUGACUUCCUCAAGACAAUAAAAGUUAAUUUCUAGUUGGCAUGUUAAAAAAAAAAUCUGGAAGAAGUAACCGUAUUAGCUGAUGGCAGCAAAUGAUAGAGUGCUGUGGUACUGUAACUAUGAACACAUGUCUUGUGGCAUGAGCUUUUGUAGGCUGUAGUCUACUUUCAGAGUUCUGCAAUAGCUUGGAAAGUUGGAGGAGAAAUAGUUCCCAAUGAAAUAAUAAAAAGCUUAGCUUAGGAUCACAGCCAACAUAUUUCACGCCUUUUAAAACAACUAACUGCAUAGAUCCUCUUAGUUGUUAGGCAUGUAUAAUGGGCUAAAGCAGUGGUUCCCUAUUGGUGGUCCGUGGUACCAUUCACGUAGCAAAAAGUACUGCAGAGAUAUCUACAUUUUCAAAAGUAGGAGGGUCAUUGGCUUGACUAUUGAAAAAUGGGGUCUGCAGUACUUCGUUAAUUGGAUACCACCGGGUUAAAUAGUUAAAUGGAAACAAACUAUUCUAAUGACAUAUCUAUAAAUCUUGCUUUUCUACCAGUCAUGGCUUCCCCAAAGACUGAACGUGCUGAACACUAUGCUAGGGGUCCUAUCUCUCCUAACCAUACACAUGCUACAUUUCCCUGAGCAGCGCUCAAGCUGGUAUGCAGAUAGACUCCAUGUAGUUGGAUUUGUGACUGGUGAACCCCAGCUUAAAAGUUCUCAUUUACACACACAAAACCAGGAUACAUUUGCAGGAUGAAAUAUCUUCAAAGUGACUUCAAAAUACUUCUACACAAUUUGUUUAAUACCACAGGGCUAGUGCUACAGCAUUGGUUUUAAUUUUACAGAAGGCAAGGCACCUGCAUUUUUAUCUUUAAACGGAUUCCUUUCCCCCUUCUCAAAUUAAAGAUUUGUUUAUAAUGUGUACUAGGUUUUGUUCCAUCUGAAUUCCGUAGAAGAGCUGCAGGUAUCAGAAGGGGUACAUUAGCUGGCUUGCUAAUUCUAGAUAUUUAAAUUACUCACCAAGCUGGGCAUGCACACAAUACCAUAGAAAUCGAGUGAAAUCGAACACAUGCAGCUUUACACUGGAUUAUACAGCCUGUGAAAACACAGUCCAUAUAUUCUCAGCUUUAUCUAGAUAUGAACACCCUGGCUGAAGAGGGCUCCUGCGGCAACCUUACAAGUUCUGCACUCUAGUAGUGGAAAUUUUUGUCACUCGGCUAGACUGAGAUGGCCUGGAGGAGGGAGAAUAGAGUCGAUGUCCUCAGAUCCUUUGAUCCUAUCCAUACCAGAUCGUUUCCUAGGUUCGGGGCUUUCCUCAGACCACCUCCCAACCCUAUGCACCCCCUUGGCUACCUUGGGUGCGUUUCUGCAGGGGUUGUGGUCAUAGAUCACCAGCUUCAAGCUGCUCAGGUGCGUGAGACUGGGGAAGUAAGUGAUGAUGUUGCGGUCGACGUCGAUAAUUUCCAGGAAUGGCAUGUGAAGCAACACGGGGGGGAAUUCAGGCAGCAGGUUGCCUGAGAGCCAGAUGCUGCGCAGGUCCUUCAGGUACCACAGCUGCGCAGGCAGGGAGUGCAGCGCAUUGGAGCCGGCAUGCAGCGUCUUGAGUUGCUUCAACUCGCACACCACGUUGGGCAGGUGAUACAAACAGUUGGACUCAAUCCAGAGUGUCUUCAGGUUCUGCAGCUGGCGCAGCUCUACUGGCAAGUCUCCAAGUCUGUUGUUGCCCAGGUAAAGGAUACACAGCUGCUUCAAGGUGCACACCACCGGGGGAAGCGUUUGGAAAUUGUUGAAAUCCAGUGCCAAGAUCUGUAGGUUCUGCAGCUGUUCUAGCUCAGAGGGCAGAUGAUUCAGAUUGUUGUCGCUCAGGUACAAUUUGACCAGUUCCCUGAAAGAACAAACGUGCAGCGGGAACCUCCUCACCUGCCUGCUGCUCAGAUCCAACAUUUUAUCAAUUGGCAUCUCUUCAAGGUCUCCCAGAAUGUAUUUCUGGCAGGCAUCUGAUGGGAAGAAAGCAAUGACUGUUCGGAAAGCGUUGCCCAUCCUAACAACUUUGGAAAGUUACAUUGGUUCUUCGCUACCCAGUGAAUCAGGUUUAUGGAGCAGGGAAGCUGCCUGGCUUCUAU